CCAGAAGCCCCUGAGAAACUCCGUUACAGCGUUCGAUACUCCGCAAAGGUCGGCGAGGACACCCCAUCUCCCACGUGCGGAGCCACCAGUACCGCCACAUACGCUGCCGCCACCUCCAAACACGGAUGUUGAAAAGGCACCAUCAGCAGCGCUGAACAAGAGCGAAGAGAUGCCGGUGGGUUCAACGUCCGAAACUCCGCCAGGACAGUCCACAGAGCCAGCUCCCCAGGGCCGAUCCUUCCGGAGACACAGAAGUUCUGCAAGAGAACUGGUAUGUAUUGUCACCGAGAUGACGACACAACAGGACCAGUACCCGACCGGAUACUGCACACACCUUGUCUACUCAGAUGUGGUCUACGAUCCCAAGCACCGAAAGUUCCUAGCCACUAAAAACGACAAGAGCUUCGAGCUGUUCAAGCGCAACCAGCGGGUGACCAACAUGAGCCACCUGGUGGCCCUCAACCCGCACCAGACGCUCAAUGUCUACCUGAAUGGCCUCACGGACAUCGAGGUGCAGUGGUACUUUGUGCAGAUGAUCGAGUCGCUUAUGAACGACUACCAGCUGGACGGGGUGGCCUUCAUCGGCAUCGAGCUGUCUCUGGACAACGUCCAGCAGUUCUCCAGGGUCAUCGACAGGAUGAAGGAAGCACUGAAAAAGAAACCAUCAAGGCAGUUCUUCCAACUUGUCUUUGGUGGCUUCGUCACAGACUUGGACAAUGACCCGGCCGAAAUCGCCAAUAGAAUACGGGUGAUUGCUGAAGAGGUUGACAUUUUUAUCAUCGAGACGCACUACCAGAGGCCACUACCACUCUGCAAGACAGUCUUCCCAACGGCUUUCAACAACUACGGCUCCUUCACUCCGAAUGUUCCAAUCAACACAGGUCUCAACUGGCUGAAAGCACUGGUUCUACCGCGCACACCCAAGGGCAGGAAGAGCAUCUGUAUGUCGCUAAGCAUGGUGGCGCUGCUGUUUAAAGUAUCCGGCACAGUCGAUCACCUCCAACCGGGGAAUGCUUGCUUCGAGGAAAUCUGGAUGAACUACGCCGAGACUUGCAUUGGUCACGGGUGGAGUAAUGUAAAGACGCAUUCAUCAGCGAUGUCGUCCUUCCGGCACAAGAUUAAAUUCUGGCAGUCCUUUGACACGGAUAUCACAGUGACCAGAAAGGUGGACCUGAUCUUGGACCAGGCGAACAAGACGUGUUUCGCGGCGUACUACGUGGACUACGAGGACUACUAUGGCAUGUGCCAGGGCAAAGUGGCAUUUCCGCGGCUGAAGGCCAUCCGAGACCUGCUUAACAAGAGAACGAAUGUCGACGAAGACAUCGACCUUUUCGGACACGACUUCUGAGGACCACAUUACAGCGACGCUCCUCGGUCACGCUCACCGAUGUGCACUUUUCCUGCUCCAUCUUUCUUUUUUUUUUCCAUUCCCGGCGCUGCCAAGAAAUAAGUAACUGUUGAGAUAGCCCUGUGGUAGUGUUCUAAAGUACAGUGGUUGACUAAUAGAAAGUAAAGAAGCGACCGGAAACUGGCUCUUUCUUUCUUUUACUUACUAUUGUCAUUGCCCAAAAUCUUUAAAAAUCGCAUAGCUUUUGCUACUGCGCCCAAAUUUGUGAAAUAUAAACCGGACCUAUUCGGUUGUUGAAGAGAAGUAAGUAACUAAAGUAGAUAACGUGAUUACUAAUGCAGAAAAAGCAAAUGCUACUGAGUAAAACAGCGACUGAAGAUCACCGCAACUAAAUUGUGAGAGUGCAUAAUUCUCUCCGCUUGCUGGUGAAAUUUAAAUUCGUGCAAACAUUUCGAACCAACAAACAAGCUCAAAAGAGAGAACUGCAAAAAAAAAAAAAACAAUGGGAGCAGUGAACAUCGUGUAACAGGUCUUUUAUGACAAUGUGCUUGUUUAAAAAAAAUUCUUAAUGCCCAAUUGGGUUUGCUAGAGCGAAGACAGACAAUUUUCCCGAGCCUGAGUGCCUAGCACGACGGCUCAGCUGCUAAACGCGAGAUCUGUGUGCCAAUGCAUACGUUGAAACGUAGCUUUCUACAAACGCUGUUAAUGGGAACCGUGGCUCCGUUGCCGCUACGCUACCACGCGAACAAUGGUUAGUGCGAAAGCUUGCCCAAUUUUGGCGCUUGCGGCUUCAAACGUUCUUUUCACUUCACAACCUUUUAAUUCAUCAGCAUUAGGAGUGUCAUAGGGGAAAAAAAUGUACGUGUGUGAUGCUCGCAAGCGGGUCACUUGUUAGAGUUAUGGAAGGGACGGGAUAGCUUAGACUAGCAUGAAUGUUUGCAUCGGUGUACAUAUGGCUACAUACGGGGCGAUUCUUUAAGUUUGACACAAUUUUCGAAAUUGCCUGUUGCAGAUAAUUCUAGCCCUUAAUCUGGAUUAGAAAGGGAGGGGGGCGUUGCU